AUAUUCCUCAUUUUUGUCAGAUAAACUGAGAUAAUUACAUUUUACGAUUAUACACAUUUACUUAUGCUCCUGUUAUGUAGGCAGUGGCAUCAUGGGAUUCAUCAAACGAGAGUAAAAACCGAUUAAUUAAUGGAACAUUUAUAUUCUGUGGAUCAUAGACACCUAGAUUAGAAGUAAAACAAUAUGAUAUUUAUGGUAAAUAUAAGUGAUAAGAGUUUUGAUAACAUCUUUAUAGUUACACAUCUCUCAUAUUUAAAGACUACUUCACAGUCGUGAAUUAUCUAGCACUAAGGCAACUUUCAAUUGUACACAUAAAAUGGUUGGGAGAGUUCAAACAGUAAACGGAGACGUGGAUCCCAACGUUCUCGGCAUAACUCUAACACAUGAACAUUUGCAUAUGAAGUUUACACAUUUUUAUAAACAACCGCCGAAACAGAUUGCUGACAAAUUUCAAAAAGGUUUCUCACUGGACACUGUCGGGUAUUUAAGACAGUAUCCUUACAGUUCUCAGUCCAAUUUACUCCUCAAUGACAGUGACUCACAAGAUGCUGUUUUGAAUGAUGUGAAAGAUUUUAAAAAAUAUGGAGGCGGUACUAUUGUUGAAAAUUCCACGGAAGGUUUGGAGAGGAAUAUUGAUUUUUUGAAGAAGGUAUCAAAUACGACGGGGGUACACGUGUUAGCAGGAACAGGACAUUACAUCGCAGAUUUACAGAACGAUGUAUCAAUCAGAAAUACCAAAGAAGAUAUUUACAAUCACAUGUUAAGAGAACUUACUGAAGGAUGUGUAGACUAUCCAACAGUUAAAGCUGGAUUUAUGGGAGAGAUUGCCAGUGUAUGGCCAUUGAAAGAUUUCGAGCGCAAAGCAAUAUCAGCGGCAGGCGAGGUACAGGCUCAGCUCCGCUGCGGGGUCAGCUUCCAUCCUCAUCGUGACCCAGAAGCCCCCUUCGAGAUCCUCCGCGUAUACACUGAGGCCGGCGGACAAGUUGACAAGGCUGUCAUGUCGCAUUUGGACCGUACGCUACUUCAGACCGAGAAGCUGUUAGAGUUCGCAGAGUUGGGGUCGUACUGUCAGUUCGAUUUGUUCGGCACUGAAGUAUCUUACUAUCAACUGAACGAGACAGUGGCGAUGCCUUCUGAUGCCCAGCGUAUUGAUAAAAUAGAAGCACUGAUACAGGAAGGAAAGGAAGAAAGAAUAUUAAUGUCCCAUGAUAUACACACUAAACAUAGACUGAUUAACUUUGGAGGACACGGUUACUCCCAUAUCAUAAACAACGUGCUACCCAGAAUGAAGAAUAGAGGUAUAUCUCAAACGACCAUAGACAAGAUUACUGUUGGCAACCCCGCGAAUUGGUUAACUGUCAAAUUUUAAAUGCGAAACAGUGCAUGCAACAUGUAGCAAAGCAAGGAUCUUAAAACUUUGUGUUUAUUUAGUUU